AGCUUGCACGCCGUCGCACAGAUAUUGCGUUAUUACACUGCUGCACCAACGUGCUAACGGUAAAGCUCCCGGCAGCCAAAGCGGACUGCAGUCAUGUGGCCUGUAGUUUGGACAGCGGUACGGACCUAUGCUCCUUACGUCACCUUCCCCGUGGCCUUUGUGGUGGGUGCAGUGGGCUACCACCUGGAGUGGUUUAUCAGGGGGACCCCUAAACCUCGGGAGGAGAAGGGCAUCCUGGAACUGAGGGAGGAGAGGAAGCUGCAGGAACAAGAGGGUAUGGACAGCACCCAGGUGCUUAGCCUCAAAGAGAAACUGGAGUUCACACCUAGAGCGGCUCUGAACAGGAACCGAUCUGAAAAGAGCUAACCCCCCAUUGGUGUGAGAGAUUUGCGUUUACCCUUUCUCGACAGGACGAUGACGGACAAAAACACGAAUACUUCCCAUUCACUUCAGCCACGCAUCCUCACUCCUGCAUCACCUUGCAUGUGUAAAUAUCCAAUACUUUUUAAAAGCUAGUGGCUAAUUAAAAAAAAACCAUAUAUUUGGUCUUUUAUGGAGUCAAAAUAGCUUAUAUGUGCUGGAUGUGAUUUUUUGACCUUGUGCCUGUUCAUGCAUUGCUCAACAACUGUGAUUACAACACUUGAAAUACGGACUCAAGCUUUGAACUGAUGACAUGAUUGGGUGUUUUCUUGUUUUAUUUAUAUUUAGUUGUGGUAUAUGACACAUGUUCUCAUGUCUUAGCUGUUAAAUCAAACACAGAUGAUGCAAGACAAACAAUCUUCAUGUUCCAAAUCUGUCAAAAAGUGUUUCUCCUUUAAUCAUUUCUGUAUGUAGAGAGAGGACUUUUUGAUUGUGAACAUAAAAGCGGAGGAAGAGACGAGAGAGAUGUCUUUGUUGUAGUUCUUUUUAUCUCAUGUAACCUUUGAUGGUAUGUGACAACGUGAGGCAACGGUGUGGGAGGUCUCUCAGGAAGUUUAGGCUGCUUCGUCCUAUUGUCUAGAAAAUGUACACAAUACUUUCAUUUUAGAAAGUAUGGAUGGUUUGCACACCAAGUUUUAAUUUUGUGUGAAAACUAUAAUGAAUAAAGGAAAUUUGUCUGUUUGCUGAAA